AUGGAUAAAUUGUGUCGAUACUGCAAUGCCCUCAAGUUCGCAAAUGAGUCACCUGGAAUGUGUUGCGCAGGUGGUAAAGUGAAGCUUCCGGAAUUGUCUACACCUCCUGAGCCGUUAUUAUCGACUACGGAUAGAGAAAUCGUCGCAGACCUAGAAAUUUUCUUCCAACGGAAUAACCAAUUGGUUAAACUGUUCAAAACUGCACUCAAUCAAAUGCCAACGGAUGACUAUGUUGUUGUGAUUAGAGCUGACAAAACACCGGUUGGCCAACAUGAACGCCAAUAUAAUGCACCAACAAUCGACGAAGUGGCGAUCGUCGUUGUUGGUGAAGCAUUCCAGAAACGCGAUAUCGUUUUGCAUCGUAGAGGAGGAGAUGUGCAGUUCAUCUCGGAAACUAACCGGUGUUAUGACGGAUUGCAAUAUCCAAUCCUUUUUUGGCAAGGUGAAGAUGGCUACCACUUCAACAUCAAAAUGGUAAAUCCAGCGACUGGCGAGGAAACAGGUAAAAAAAUUAGCGCUAUGAAUUUUUACGCAUAUCGACUGAUGAUUCGCAGAAAUGUUGAAAAUCAUAUUCUGAAAUGUCGUGCUUUAUUUCAUCAAUACAUCGUUGAUAUGUACGUCAAGAUUGAAUCUGAAAGGCUGCUAUAUAUUAGGCUUAAUCAAAGCAAGUUGCGUUCGGAGGAAUACAUCCAUUUACGUGAUGCAAUCAAUAAUGAUGUAAAUAUCGAUCCCAAUGAGUUAGGUAAAGCCUUCAUACUACCAGCUACCUUUACCGGAAGUCCACGACAUAUGCAUGAAUACGCGCAAGAUGCAAUGACAUAUGUUCGUGCAUAUGGUAGACCGGACUUAUUCAUUACAUUCACUUGCAAUCCAAGGUGGAUCGAGAUAAAAGAACUUCUGAUGACCGGUCAGUCAUCAACAGAUCGUCAUGACAUUACUGCACGUGUAUUCAGACAAAAGCUUAAAGUGUUCAUGAACUACAUCGUUAAACAUCACAUCUUCGGCGAAACACGAUGCUGGAUGUAUUCGAUUGAGUGGCAGAAAAGAGGAUUGCCGCAUGCGCACAUUUUAAUCUGGUUAAUGGUUAAACUAACACCAGAUCAAAUCGAUCAAGUCAUCUCAGCAGAAAUCCCAGACCGAGAUAUUGACCCGCUUCUUUUCGAUAUUGUUAUCAAUAACAUGGUUCAUGGUCCAUGUGGCACACUUAACGUGAACUCACCAUGCAUGACAGAUGGAAAAUGUACCAAAAGAUUCCCAAAACCCUUCGUUACAGAAACAAUCAGUGGCAAUGAUGGUUAUCCAUUGUAUCGUCGGAGAUCACCAGAAGAUGGUGGCCGAUUUGCCACAAUUAGCGGGCGCAUUGAGAUCGACAAUCGUUGGAUCGUACCAUACUCGCCGUUGCUCUCGAAAACAUUCGCCGCCCAUAUUAAUGUUGAGUUCUGCAACUCUGUGAAGUCUAUCAAGUAUAUCACGAAAUAUGUUAACAAGGGGAGCGAUAUGGCUGUGGUUGAGGUGAGAAACACUUCUGGACCUUCGGACGAAAUUGAGCUAUAUCAGCUGGGACGGUAUAUCAGCAGCAACGAAGCGGCAUGGCGAAUUUUUUCUUUUCCGAUCCAUGAAAGACAUCCUACAGUUACCCACUUGGCAGUACACUUGGAGAAUGGACAACGGGUAUAUUUUACUGCAAAUACUGCUCGAGAUCGAGUGAUAUCUCCACCCUCAACAACGUUGACUGCCUUCUUUUCGUUAUGCCAAGAAGAUACUUUCGCCCGAACAUUGUUGUACUCCGAAGUGCCAACAUACUACACAUGGAAUGCGUCAACUAAGAAGUUCAUGCGUCGUAAGCAAGGUAGAGCAGUUGCGGGUUAUUCAAAUUUAUAUGCAACCGAUGCAUUAGGUCGCGUGUAUACUGUUCACCCUACCAACUCGGAAUGUUUUUAUCUUCGAUUGUUAUUAAUAAACGUCCGAGGACCCAGAAAUUUCAAUGAUUUGAAAACAGUUAACGGCCUAAUAUGUGCAACUUUUCGAGAAGCAUGCCAGAAAAUGAAUCUAUUAGAAAACGAUGCACACUGGGACGUUACACUCACUGACGCCGCAGAUACAGCUCGACCUCAGCAAGUUCGUGCAUUGUUCGCGAUCAUAUUGACGACCUGCUCUCCAUCCAAUCCUAAGGAACUAUGGGAAAAACACAAGGACUCCAUGAGUGAUGACAUCUUGCAUCGUGUAAGAUCGGAAAAUCGAAAUCCAGAUAUCGCAUUUAGCCAAUCCAUAUACAACGAAGCUUUGAUUGCGAUUGAAGAUGUUUGUUUGAAUAUCGCUAACAAAUUACUGCCUCAAGUGGGUAUACCAGCGCCGCAUCGAGAUUCAAACAACAUUCUCGAUCGUGAUCUGAGGCAGGAGACAGUCUAUGAUACGGAAGAGUUAUCUUCAUUUGUUGAGAGAAAUAUCCGAAAUAUGAAUGAAGAGCAACGUGCUGUGUACGACACUAUCAUGAGUGCAAUUUUGGAGCAGAGUGGAGGUUUCUUUUUCCUCGAUGCGCCUGGAGGUACAGGCAAAACAUUUUUGAUUUCACUCAUUUUAGCAAGAUUACGAUCGGAACGCAAAAUUGCGUUAGCCAUCGCAUCGACUGGCAUUGCAGCAACCUUACUCGCCGGAGGCAGAACUGCACACUCUGCAUUAAAGCUACCGUUAAAUUUACAGAUCAACGAGGCUCCAACUUGCAACAUUAGCAAAAGUUCUGGAAUGGGAAAAAUUCUAAGAACAUGCGAAAUCAUCAUAUGGGACGAAUGUACCAUGACACACAAAAAAGCUCUCGAGGCUCUGAACAAUACCCUUAGGGACUUCCGAGGGAACAACGAGCUUUUCGGUGGUACUUUAAUUUUGUUAUCCGGUGAUUUCCGUCAAACUCUACCAGUUAUCCCACGAUCAACGCCAGCAGAUGAGUUGCACGCAUGCUUGAAGUCUUCAAUACUAUGGCCGUAUGUUCAGAAACUUACUUUGAAAAUUAAUAUGCGUGUACAGUUGUUGAAUGACGCAUCCGCAGGGCGGUUUGCAAAACAGCUACUAGACAUUGGAAACGGAAAAAUGCCUAUCGAUGAAACAACAAAAUGCAUAACAUUUCCAGCUGAUUUUUGUGAAAUUGUGGCAACCAAAGAUCAGCUUAUAUCGAAGGUGUUUCCAGAUAUUGGUCAUAAUCACAAAAAUCAUCAGUGGCUGAGCGUUCGAGCAAUCCUUGCUCCAAAAAAUCAGGACGUAAACGCUAUUAAUUACAGCAUUCAGGAUGCUAUCGAGGGAGAUGAGAGAACCUACAAAUCCGUUGAUACAGUAACCAAUACUGACGAAGUGGUGAACUAUCCGACAGAGUUCCUCAAUUCUCUUGAUUUGCCUGGUUUGCCACCACACGUCCUGAUUUUGAAAGUUGGUGUGCCAAUAAUACUACUGCGGAACAUUAAUCCCCCACGGCUUUGCAACGGCACUCGGCUCGCUGUUAAAAGAUUGAUGGAUAAUAUCAUCGAGGCAACCAUUUUGAAUGGCAAGUUUAAAGGAGAAGACGUUCUGUUACCACGUAUUCCGAUGAUACCAACGGAUCUGCCUUUUGAUUUUAAAAGGUUGCAGUUCCCUGUACGACUGGCUUUUGCAAUGACGAUUAACAAGUCUCAAGGGCAGUCCCUUGAAGUUUGCGGAGUAGAUCUCGAACGACCAUGUUUUUCCCACGGACAAUUGUACGUCGCUUGCUCCCGUGUCGGAUCCCCGAACAACUUGAUUAUUUAUGCUCCAGAUAGAAAAACGAAGAAUAUAACAUAUCCCACAGCAUUACAUUGA